CUUACACUCAUAUGCAAACUAUGCGGGGUUAUAUAUCGUCUAUCAUAUAUUUUGGUGAUGUUCUCUGAAGGAAGAAAUACAAAAACUUUUUGUUUUAACUUUGGUUCAUGGGAACAACGAACUACUUGCGAUCUCCUAGCGGCCGCUUCAUACACAAAUCAAAUUCAGAUGACGAAACAAAGCGUCAUAUCUUCCCUGGAAGAGAAACUUCAAGAUCUUCAUCUUCUUCAGCGGCAAGUAUUAGAAGAACGAAAUUUUUAGUUAGAAGACCGCCUUGUACAGCCAUUCCAGACAUAAGAAGAGAAGAUUGUCUGACAGAAGGAAGUUAUCUGAUUCAAAGGAAAUCAGGCAAUGAUAAGGAUUCAGAUCAGUCAUACUAUAAUCAAGAUGGAGCUCAUCAAAGAAAAAUGAAUUUUGAAGAGCUUAGCUCGCCAUGUACUGCAGAUCAUACUUUUUUAAUAACAAGAUAUACAGGUCCAAGAACUCAGCGACCAGUGGCAGCUCUACGGCGAAAUGUAUCAACUGUUUCAACAUCAACAGAGGAAAUGUAUUCAUCCACUGGCACAGUUGAUGGGGAAAGGUCGGGCGUUUCGGCACACGGAUUCAAAUUUUUUGAGAUGUCGUUGAAAUUGAACGAACAUGACAAUAAAUCAGCUUGCACGAAUUCCUUCUCAUUCAGCAGAAAAGAUGCUACGACUGGAACGGAUAUACAGGAAAAUAUGUAUUCGAGUGCAGGCACGCAAAGUAGUUUCCAUUUAAUUGGAGUCGGUGAUCAGAGUAAAUGUCUGGACGAAAAGAAUAAUUCUAAAGAUGCACAUGAAAAACUUGAAACAACGGUGGAAAAUACACCAAACACUACAGAGAAUCAAGGCAUACUUCAGAACGAGGAUUUCAGCGUUGGAAGUAUUCUAAGACUUUUUGAGGAUCAAGGUAUACUGAAGGAACAUAACGUAGAUGUCAUUCCUGAAACACCAGAAAAUCAAACAAAUAAAAUACAAAAGAAGAAUGGUUGUUGUAGCGAACGAUUUCCAGAAGGCCUAUCCCUAAAAUAUUCCAAGAUUAUAGAAAUUUCAAGAAAACCUACAGAACUUCUGCAAGAUUCACCAAAGGAACAUAGUGUAGGAGCCAUCCCGAAAACACCUGAAAAUCGUAAAAAAAGUCCAUCUAAGAAAGAGUUGAAGAGUGCAGAAUCUAUUCCAAAAACACCAGAAUAUCGUAAAAAAAGUUCAUCUAAGGAAAGGCUGAAGAGUGCAGAAUCCAUUCCAAAAACACCAGAGUAUCGUAAAAAAAGUUCAUCUAAGGAAAGGCUGAAGAGUGCAGAAUCCAUUCCAAAAACACCAGAGUAUCGUAAACAAUGUUCAUCUAAGGAACGGCUGAAGAGUGCAGAAUCCAUUCCAAAAACACCAGAAUAUCGUAAAAGAAGUCCAUGUAAGGAACAACUGAAGAGUGCAGAAUCCAUUCCAAAAACACCAGAAUAUCGUAAAAAAAGUCCAUGUAAGGAACAACUGAAGGUUAUAGAGUGCAUUCCGAAAACACCAGAAACUCAUAAAAAAGGUGCAUCUAAGAGCCGUAGUACAAGUAGAGAAAGAAGUAUAAAAUCUUCGAUAAAUAAAGAAGUGCCUAAGAAAGCUAAUGCAAUCGAAAAAUGUAUCCGAAAAUGUUCAGAGCAUAAAGGAUUGAACAAAGGUAAAUCUAAGAAGAGCCGUGAGAGUGUUUUAAGUCAUCAGAAGAAAAAAGGUACAUCUAGGAGAGCUUCGUCGGUAGAAUGUAUUCCGAAAUCUCAAGAAAAUAAAGAAUUUGUAAAGAGUGAGCAAAUUAACGAAGGCACAGAUGAACAAGUAGGAAGUAUAAAAUAACUGGCUUGGAGACGAGGACUUAGUGCCCGAACCGAAACGGGGGAUCUUGCAGACUGAAAGAAAGAGAGUCAAGUCCACCGUAAGAUUUUUAGAUAAAGAAGUAUCAGCGCAAGUUGAUAAAGAAGAGAAAUCAUCCCUUACAGAUGAGCAUGGUCCUUCAGUUAUUUAUAUGAAGCCAAAAAUCGCAUCACUAAACAAGGGGACUCAGUGGCAAGGUCUAAAUACAAGACGGCGAGAGGCUAAUGGCUGCAGAAAAUUCCUUAGGAAAUGUCUCACCUGUCAGUGCUGUUCAUAGCAUCUGCCAACUUAAUUACAAAUGUAUUCUAUCGUACCAACUACAAAUAUAGAUCUUUCGUUGAGCCUCAAGCAUGGAUUAUCUACACCUAGGAACAAAUUGGGGAUCACUUCCGUUGCAUUAAGCCUGUUGACCCUCAUAAAAACAUAUUUUCUUUGUCACGUUUAGUUCUAAUGUAUAGGAUAUUCUUCUCUUGUCUUCGAAGUAAUACUAACUAAAUAAAUAAUAUAUUAUUUUAAUAUCUUGUAUUAUAUAUUCCCAUAUCCGUCAAUCCAAUACCCUUCCUCCCUUUAAAUCCCGCCUGGUCGAUUAUUU